AGCAGCAGGCACUUUGCUGGCUCCGGGCUCCCUCGGGGGGAUUUUAUACUGUUUGUAUGCGUUUUUUGUAAACAUUUAAUACCGUGUUUCCUAGAAAACUUUUAAUACUUUGAUACACUGGUUUUGACAUUUUUAUUACAACGAACCCUGGCAAGGAUUGGCUUCAUCUUGCCAGCUUGGAAACACUGGAUUCUUCCUCUUCCCCCUCUUAUUUCUCCUUUCGACAAAGAGGCUGCAGAGGAGCCAGCGAUAGCACCACGACGCUGUAUUUCCUUAAGUAUUACACGUAUAUAUAAUAUCAUAAUAACAGAUGCACUCUGUCACCUGUCACUGAAAACGAGCUGUGGUGACGUCAGCCCGCAGAGAGUCACCGUCAGCCUCAGGACAAUGACGGCCGUCCAGCUCAUUAAUGUCCAAAGGUUACUGGAAGCUGCGGAGUAUCUAGAAAGGAGAGACAGAGAGUGUGAACACGGAUAUGCAUCCACGUUUCCAUCAAGUCAGGACACAAACUACCAGAGGCAAAGGAAAUUCCGAAAUAAGAAGUUUAGCAGUAACCACAAUAGGUCCACUCAUAAUGAGCUGGAGAAGAAUAGACGAGCUCACCUGCGUCUGUGUCUGGAGAGGUUGAAGGCCCUCAUACCCCUGGGACCCGACUGCAACCGCCACACCACCCUGGGCCUGCUCAACAAAGCCAAAGCACACAUAAAGAAACUUGAAGAUGCAGACAGGAAGAGCCAGUACCAGCUGGAGUCUCUGGAGCGGGAGCAGAGGCACCUCCAUCGCCAGCUGGAGCUGCUGAGGGGAGGCAGCGGUGCUGCAGCCCAGAGCAGCCCAGGGGAGGGAGAGCGGAUACGCAUGGACAGUGUGGGCUCCACCCUCUGCUCCGACCGCUCUGACUCUGACCAAGAAGAGAUUGAGGUGGACGUGGAAAGCACAGAGUUCUCCCAUGGAGAGCUGGACAGUGUGAGCAUGGCCAGCACCAGCGACCUGGACGACCACAGCAGCCUGCAGAGCUUGGGCAGCGACGAGGGCUACUCCUCCUGCAGUGUCAAACUUGCCUUCUCCUCCUAAAGCUCCCUACCACUAACCACCGCCACAACCACCACCACCUCCCUGCCAAACCUCGCCCGUCCAUCCGGCCAUGUCUACGUACACACACCCAGCAGACACCUCUGACGACCCCCCCCCAGCUUAAAGCAUCCCCGUCGCUCCUGCCUCUGAGCAUCUCCAUCUCCAGCUCCUGGCCUUUUAGUCCCCCUCCUCUCCUCCUGCUAGAGGAGCUCCACUGAGAGCUUCUCCUCACUUGUGAACGUUGAGCCUCCCCCAAAACCAACAUGGACACCAAGGACCCCGAAACACAGUGAUGUGAAACUGCCAAUUGAUUUUAAUCUUCUUUUUAAAUGGAGAUCAGAGACUUGGUUGAUAUGAAAACAAAAUUACACAUCAUCUCGAUUUUAAAACCCACACAAUUUAUUUCCUCAAAACUGUCGUAUGUCUGAAAUUAUUUUAAAAAUACACAACCCCUCAUUUGAUCCAAAAUGCACUUGAAUUCAUAUGAUAUUGAAAUAAUUCAGAGUUUCUGUUCGGUUCUCUCUCCCGUGGCGCGUGUGUGUGAGGAGCUCGUCCUCUGCAACCCUUCUCAACUCUCUGGUGUUGGGUCUGGAUAGACGGGAGCACAUGUAAUCUGGACUAUAAAACAACACCGAGGGCGAACUUUGCCACAUCAGCACAUCUUGGCCCCGAUAGCCAUCCACCUUCGAGCCCUGCAUUUAAUCCUUUUGUCUUAUUGUUUUUUCAUUACCUCUGCUCGACGGUGCAGAAGCUCGGACACUCAUAAUGGUGCUAUUGUGAAACAAACCAACGUGGGGGGGCAGGUCAGAUCCACCACCACUAAGCUUUUAAAGCAAAACAAAGUGUGUCUGCUCUGAUUGUUUCCAACCGAGCACGGAGGAAAAGAACCCCCCCAAAAAAUGGAGAGAAAUAUCAACAACAUUCCUGUUGAAUGUGGGUGCUCAGUGCAUUUUUUCAAAGAGUGGAAAUUGUAACUUGUGUUUUUUUUUUGUUUUGGUUUCCCUUCCCCUCGACAAGCAGCUACGACAAGCUAUCCUGCACUUGCCUACUUUAGAACUGUCCAUAGAAACGGCACAAACCAAGAAAGAAAACUAAACAACAGCAACAAUGAAAAAGUCCAGACAACAACAAACUUUGGAAUAGAUGUCCAUCCUCUUUCCAGCAGUAACAAGCAAUAACUCUUGAAGUCCUUUUUUGUCUCGUCAGUUUGAACAUCCUCCCUUUUUUUUUUCUUUCUCCUCUCCCCUAAAGACUGUGUGACUGUCCAAAAAGCAAAUGUCUUUAUUUUUUUGAUUUUUUGUUUUGUUUUGUACAUACAAAUAGCUUAAUGAAGUAAACCUUAAAAAGGAGUUAACAAAAAAAAAAAGUUAGAGCUCAUGGAUAGAACUAUUGCCUCUGUUGCUGUUUGACCUGUGUUUAUUGUGCAUUUUAAAUUCCAUUUUUUUUGGAAAGAUUUUAUCCUCUUCAGAGUGGCAGUGGAUGUGGAAAUGGACACUAUUAGUUUGCUCAGUUUCCAGGUCGAAACUUUUAGAAGUAACUCAUCCUGUUGCUGCCCUGAGAAGGAAAAGAAAAGUUACUCUUUUAAAGUGAUAGAAAAACGACAGAGCAACUUCCCAUCCAGUUGCCGAAAAAUCAACCCAGUAUGACUUCUGAUGGAGAAUGCUGCGUUUGUGUGGCACCUUUUUUUAUUUAUUUGAAUAUUUUUUCUCUCUCGUUUAUAAUA